CCCUUCUAGAACAUCGAUAGCAUUCCCAUCACUCAGCUGGCUAGCCCCUUCUGAAACAUCAUCUUGAGGUCGUGAUGAUGGUGGCGAUGGUGGUGGUGAUGAUGAUGGUGGGAUCUUUCGUCAUCUUUACAACAGAGGUUGAUGCCGCCAUGGUCUGCUCUACUCCAUUCAGCAACAAGUUCAAGGACGUUUCGGCAUCCCCCGGAGGGAUCCUCAUCGGCGUUGGGAGCAACAGAGACGUCAGCAUCUGGUCCGGUUGUUCUUGGAGAUCGAUGGGGGCGAUGUUUGAUCAGAUAUCGACCGGUGGCCGAGGACGGGGUGCCGCAACGUCGAGCGGAGACCUCUACGCGUGGGCGAGAACCGACGCCGGGGACGUGUACUACUACCAUCGAUACGCGUGGUACCACGUUAUGUAUGGCGCACAGUCAUUCACGGGCGGAGCCCCGGGCUACAUCUACGCCACCGGCCACAUGAGCGGCUAUUGGAGCGUCUUCUGCGCCAGGGCGUCUGCGCCCGGCGAGCGCCUGUCCUGGUUGACGACCUCGAUAAAUCUCCUGAAAAUUUUCGCCGACGUCUACGCCGUAGGUUGCUCGCCCAACGAAUGCUGGGCCUGUGACGCCUUGUACCGGCUGUGGCGUAAGCCCAACGUUGACUGCUCCAACACGACGUGGGUGAGGGCGAGUGGUCCAGACGCUCCGGCUUUGCCCAAGAAAAUAGAGGUGGACUCCGCGGGUGGAGUCUACCUCCAUGGAAACAAUGCGCUACUCUACCACAGGGCUGGGAAUGAAACGGCGUGGACUCAGCCAAUGCCCAAUGAAUACUUCAAGUCCAUCACUGUCCACGAAUCUAACCUUAUCGUCAUAGACGAUACCGGGACCAUGAAGAUAUGCAAACUGUGACACCAUUAUUCGCUCACCCACCCACUCACUCACCUGUUCGCCCCCUUACCCACCAACUCACCCACCCACUCACCCACCCUCUCACUCAAUCACCCACUCAUACGCCCAUUCACUCUUUCACCGACCUACUCACUCACCCACCUACUCCCUCACCCACUUUCUCACCCACCCACUCUCUCACCCAUCCAUUAUCUCACCCUCUCACCUAUCCAGUCAUCCACCCAUUCUCUCAACCACUCACCCAUUAAUCCACCCACUCACCCACCUACUUACCCACCCACUCACACACUCAUCUGCCCACUCACCGAAGUACCCACUCACUCACCCACUCAUUCACUCGCCCAUCCACUCACCCAUUCAUCCGCUCACCCACCCACUCACCCACCCACUCACUCGCCCUCCCACUCAUCCACCCACCCAUUAACCCACCCAGGUGAAAGAUACGUGGUGGUGAGUUAUUUUGUUGUUGUUGUUGUGUUUUGAGAUUCAAUUUAACCAAAUAAGAACAUUCAACAAAGAGUGGAAUCUACGGAACUUCAAUGGAGAGUCAUUCAGCAGCCUUUACAGAGACACCUCGAUAUACAAAGAUGUUAUCUGCAUCGUCUGGUAUGCCGGAGGUCUUGGGUGAUGGUGGUGAUGGUGGUGACGGGGGUGAUUGCGAUUGUGGUUGUGAUGGUGGUAGUUAUGGUGGUGGUCGUAGUCAUGGUGGUGGUGAUGUGGAUGAUGGUGAUGGUGGCGGGGAUGGUGGUGGUGAUGGCAAUGGUGAAGGUGGUGAAGGGGGUUGAUGGGAAUGGUGGUGGUCUUGUAUUUAUUGUUCUAAAAAACGAAUUAAAUGUAAAAACGAAAUAUUUAAAUUACGUAAAAUUUGUUAAUGUAGGUAAUUAAGUGUGAUUAACUAAAAAUAUGCGUUAGGUGUAAUUAAGAAUGUGUUAAAAAUGUGUUAUAUGAUUAAUGUAUGUGUUAGUGUUUGUGCAUGCCUAAACAACUUUUGUUCGGCCGGAUAGAGGGGGUUUAACGGGGGCGGCACGGGCAGAGAAGAGAUGGAGUGAUGUGGUACAGGAGGAUGUGGAGUUGAGUGGACCGAUGACUGAUACCAGCAAUGUCAAUAUCGGUCUCUGUGGAGGAGGCUCGUGAAGGACGCUACUGGGCAGUUGUAGGCAGUCGCCCUCCAACAACAACACAGGGCGGAGGAGCGACGCUCACAAACACGUGUGGAGCGCCGGGUGGAAAUAGCACAUCAAGUUGGUACAGUGGGGUCACAGGUGGUGCAUCAGCCAGUUAUCUCAGUCGACCUGUGGCACCUGGGUCUGCCCCGUGACCUGCUAGCGGGCGUUCGACACUUCACAUGGUCUCAACGUGCACAUAGCCUGGCACAAGCGUCGUGGUGACAUCACCGCCACUUAGUGGCGAAUGGCGGUUGUUGUGUGUGUCGUUAUGUUGUGCAAUUUAUUAUUGUCUCUCUCGUUGUAUAGGGGUAUGCAUCAUCGAUUGAGAUAAUCGCAAUGAUUCUCGCUUCAAUAUAUAUGAUACUCGCUUCAACAUUUAUGAUUCUCGCUUCAGCAUUUCUGAUUCACACUUUAAUAGUUACAUGUGAAAUUAUGUCAGGUCUUCGGGAUUCAGAUCUCACCGCCAGAUACAGUUCGUUAUUACAAUGAUGAACGAAUUUAGUAAAGAAGCACUCGCAAAUCUGUUUUUCAUCAAAGCAACUUUAAUCUCAACUUAACCUAACAUCCAACAACUCUUAUCAUCAGUAUUCCAACAGUGCCCAUGGAAAUAUACGUCAUCAAUCCGUA